AUGACUUUUGAUGUGGCCAAUCACAACGUCACAGUUUUUGUCCAUUUCGUCACAGUAAUGUCGGUAUCCCUUGCUCUAAAGGCGUCCGCCCGUUCAGCAUACCGAGAUGUCUGGAGAGCAUCUUCAGCUUUAUUCGCUGGCGAUCCACCAGUUCUCCAAGCCUUCCGCUCCAAGUUGCGCAACGACGCUGUCUUUGCCGCUGAGGCAGCAAAAGAUCCGGAGACUUAUGAAAGACAUAAUCAUCUAGGUCGGGAAGUCGCGGAGUUCUUGAGGAAGAAUGUUGUUCAAGCUGUGAAGGUGUCAGAACAGGGUGAUGAGACAUGGAAAAUCCGGCUGACAAAGGACACGGAGUUGGGCGACAACGAAUCGAUCAAGAAUCCUCCGCCAAUACAGUCAAAUCGAAGCGCCAGGAAGAGAGAAAAAGGUGCCCCCCAAACUCCCGGUAUAGAUGCUGCUCUGCCGGAGUCCAAUAGAAUAUCCACUUCCCCCCAAACCCCUCUACCGCAACACUAUUCUGCUCUCAAAAAGGCUCAUCUACAACGUUCUAUACCAGAAUUACGGGAGGAGGACCUGGAGGAAACUUUCGUUCGAGGGAGUGGGCCAGGUGGUCAAUCAAUUAAUAAGACUGAGAACAACGUGCAAUUACUUCACAAGCCAACUGGCCUCCGCGUGUCUUGUCAGGAUACUCGAUCUCUCUCUCUAAACAGGAAACUUGCACGACGUUGGCUGCUUGAAAAGCUGGACAAGUUGAACAACCCUGGGCUCUCAAAAGAAGAAAUGAAAGCCGCGAAACAACGAGAGAGAGAACGGAGACGGCGGAAAAAGGCAAAGAAGAAAGCGCUUGAAGCGCAGAUGACUGACGACGAGCCAGAUGAUUUGCUUUGA